AUGACCGAGAAAGAGCGACUCAAGAACAUUGCUGAAAAUGAGAAACUCUUGCAGGAGCUAGGGAUUGCAGGAGGCGGCAGCGAAAUUAUAGGCGCCGCGCCGAAAAAGCUCGCAAGCACUGACGCGGCAAAGCGCAAGCGCAAGCGCACGCAAACAACUCCGAAACCUGCCGCCGCCCCUCAACGACUCAGUGCGCGUUUGCAAGGGGUCAAGGCGGAAGCAGAGGCGUUCUCCACGGAGCGCGCGUCUAAAGAAACGCGCCACGAAGACCUGGAUCUCACCGCGAUGACUAGGUCGGACAUGGACGAACAGGAGACGAAACGGUUGCAAAACGCGCUGUCUGUAACUGUUCCGGCGAAGCAGGCGCUACUAGAAGAACCCAAGACGGAUUUGGAGGCGUUGCUGCGGUCCAUGCGACUCUCUAGUUAUGCGCGUGUAGCAGAGAAACGGAUUUACUCCAUGCUGUACCACCCAACGCUGGACAAGGACCUUGUAUUUACAGGCGAUCAGGAUGGCGUGCUCGGUAUCUGGGAUGCGUUGGCGCCUACGCCCGAGGAAGACAACGACGGGAACGGCAUGUCACAAGGUGUCUCUUUCCCACUGCAGCUGCAUGCCCAUUUUGCAAUUGCAUGCCUGCGCAUGGAUCCAUGCAACCACGAUCGUAUAUAUGCUAGUUCAUACGAUACCAGCGUGCGUGUGUUUUCGCUUGCAUCCCAAACAAGUUCUGAAGUGUGGGCGGGACGAAAGGGCGUACAGCUCGGCGAGUUUGCGAUCCUUGCGCCGCAGCAGCAUGCAUUUGAAGCUACACCAACACCCGUUCCACAACUUGACGAGCGGAGUCUAUGGAUUGCCGACCAUCGCGGUGGCCUUCUGCAUAUCGAGACACGGUCCAUGGAACCCACCGCGCGCCGCUGGCAAGUAUCGGAGAAAAAGAUUGGCGGCAUGGCGGUGAAUCCUGCCGUGCCAUACUGUAUUGCCACGGCAUCCAACGAUCGAACGGUACGUAUGUUUGACGUACGCAUGCUGCGCAAUGUGCCUGAAACGCCGGAGGCACCAGUAAAGGUCGUGGGUGACGACUUAGACGCGCUCGAAUCGAUAUUCAAGACCGCACAGUUGGACGCAAGGGGCGACAGCGCGGCAUGUACAAGUGUCGACUUCAGUCCGACAGGCGAGUGUCUCGCAGGUGUAUGCUACAAUGAUACCGUCAAUCUGUGGGAUAUAGAACCCGCAUGGCUUUCGCAUAAAAAUGCAGACGAAGCACAUCGCACAAGUGCAUCCACACGCCAAAGACAUGUCCUUGCCGCGCCACGCAUUUUCCCCCACAAUAAUCAAACUGGCAGAUGGGUCACACUUUUUCGUGCACGCUGGAAUACAAAUACCACCUUGGAGCCGCAUUUCUCGAUCGGGAGUAUGAUGCGUGAUGUAGAAAUUUACGGGAAGGACGGCCGCAGGAUGGCGACCUUGUACGAUCCAGACUGGAUCACUGCGAUCCCCGCUGUGACGUGCAUGCAUCCUGUUGCGCCAGCGCGGCUUGCGGCAGGGAACGGGUCGGGUCGCUGCAAUUUAUGGAUCCCGAAAAGGGACGAGUAA